AUGUCAAACAGCAACUUAGAUGCGGAAAAAAUUGAAUCAAAUCAAGAAGAACGAACAGCAAAUGUUCAUCGCAUUGAUUCAUUGAACUUACUUAUCUUUACAACACUUCUUGUUAUUGUUGUGUUAACAAUAUGGAUAUGCAAAAGAAGAAAUUUUCGUUAUCUACAUGAAACAUGUCUCGCACUUAUUUAUGGUUCUAUUAUUGGAGCUAUUCUGCGGCACACAAGCACAUCAAAUACAAAACCGAGUAUAUUAAGACUCAAUCAUACAUCUCUACCGAAAAAUGUAAUGCCGAACUGGGUCUCUUUCGAAGAUCAAAAUAUGUCAGCCAGUUAUUUAUAUGCUUUUCAAGGACCAUAUCAAAAAGAUACAAUGCAUCUUGAAGAAUAUAAAGCGAUGUUUAAUUCGGAAAUAUUUUUCAAUAUAAUUUUACCACCGAUUAUUUUUCAUGCUGGUUAUAGUAUGAAACGAAAAAACUUUUUUCGUAAUCUUGGCGCAAUUCUAAUGUUUGCUCUUAUUGGUACAACUAUAGCUUGUAUAUCAACAGGAAUGAUGGUAUACACCUCCAUACGUGCAUUUAGUGGUCUGCGAAGUUAUUUUUCAUUCACCGAUUCACUUUAUUUUGGUGCUAUAAUAUCAGCAACUGAUCCAGUAACCGUUUUGGCAAUUUUUCAUGAUUUAAAUGUUGAUGUUGAUCUCUAUGCAAUUAUAUUUGGUGAAAGUGUACUUAAUGAUGCUGUUUGUAUCGUCUUAGCUCAAUCAAUUGAAAAAUAUGUCGCUAGUGCAAUCUUAGAUCGAUUCGAUCGAGGGCUUAUGUUUAAAUCGUUAUGCAAUUUUUUUGUCGUCUUUAUUGGUUCAUUUGCUAUUGGUUCAGGCAUGGGAUGUCUCACAGCAUUGAUGACCAAAUUUACAUAUAUUCGAGAUUUCCCGCUUUUGGAAACAACACUUUUUGUUUUGAUGUCCUAUAGCACAUUUUUGGCUUCUGAAGCUGCAGGAUUGACAGGCAUUGUGGCUGUACUCUUUUGUGGCAUAUUUCAAGCACAUUAUACAUUCAAUAAUCUGUCUCAGGAAUCUAAACGACGAACACGUGAACUAUUUGAAUUAUUUAAUUUUCUUGCUGAAAAUUUUAUAUUUAUUUAUAUUGGAAUCACAUUAUUUACAUUUCCAAAUCAUCAAUGGGAUAUUCGAUUUAUUGUUAUAGCUCUUAUUGCUAUUGGACUAUCAAGAAUAUUAUGUGUUGUGUUUUUAUCAUUUCUACUUAAUUUAACUCGUAAAAAUCAGAUUAGUUGGCGCUGGCAAACGAUGAUUAUAUUUUCUGGCUUACGCGGUGCUUUUGCUUUUGCAUUAGCCAUUCGAAAUGUUUCAACACAAGCUCGUUCACUUAUGUAUACAACGACAUCCCUAAUUGUUAUAUUGACUGUUGUAUUUAAUGGAACAUUAACAGCACCGGUUUUGAAAUGGCUUAAAAUUCGCGUAAAUGUUAAUGAAGAAGUUGAAGCACCUUCAUCAAAUGAUAAAUACCGAAUUAUGGAAGAUAAUAGAAAUCGAGAACGUCAUUCAUCAGACGAGGUUGCACUAUUGAACAAUGAUAAUGAUGAUGAUUCAACAUUAGCAAUUGAUCUUCGACGAGAUAUAUCACCAAAUACAAAGAUUGAAAAAAAACCUGAAUCGAAGACUUGGCUUUUAAAAAAAUGGUCUCAUUUUGAUCAAAUAUUUAUGAAGCCUCUUCUGACACAUAGUUAUCCUCCAUUGACUGUUACAUUACCAGCACGUCUUAUGCCAAUUACGCGACUUUUAACGACAAAAGAGCAACGUGCUUUUAAUCGAAAUGAAAAUUUAUUUCCAACUGAAAUGCAAUCACUUGAUAAUCAUCACGGUUCAACAGUGAAUAAUAAUUGCAGAAAUUCUACACCUGAAUUGAUUGACAUGGAAUUUGCAUCCACGAAUCCACUUGAUCACUAUUCAACAGUAUCUAAUCUCAAAUCGAAUAUACACACAGACGAAACAAGUGUAAAUCUUCGUACAGAUAAUAAUGGCGAUGUAUCUGCACAUUUUAAUUCGUCAUCAUCAUCAUCAUCAUCAAAACCUCUAUGA